GAUCAUACCAGACCCCACCAUGACCAAGCAAUCAUAACAAGUCUGUUGAGUAUGUCAAAGAUCCAUGUCCGAAUCAAUGUCCGCGUUAUCGCCCCAAGAUGUCCGUUCUCUUCACAUCCAUCUCAGCUGGAAACACGGUAUCUGUACAAGAUGUGCGUGAGACCUUCGCCAAGCUCAAUGUCAGCGUACCCGAGUCAGAAGAAGACGACUAUCAAAAACUACUAGCAGCAAUCCACGACUGCGCAGAAACAGUAGCUGCACUGCCAGACUCGCAUCCGCCAACAGACCUCGAGCGAUUUUCCAGAAACAAUGUCCAUCGACCAACUUUAGAAGAAAACAUACUCGGGCACGCUUGGGCGCAUACUUUCUCUAUCAAAGACAAGAACCCUACAGGUUGUCUGACAGGCAAGACUGUCUGUCUCAAGGACUGUAUCUGUGUUGCUGGCGUCCCUCAACUUCUUGGUACCGACAUCAUCGAUCCUUGGACUCCUGAAGCAGACGCUACAGUCGUACGCUGGGCUUUGGAAGCAGGUGCAGAGAUUGUUGGUACUGCACACUGUGAGAAUUGGUGCCAGAGCACGAGUUCAUUCUCUAGUGCUCAAGGAGUAGUCCACAAUCCAUAUGCAGAAGGCUACUCAGCUGGUGGAAGUACCUCUGGCGCUGCAGCACUGGUAGCAGGUGGCUUCGUCGAUAUCGGCAUCGGAGCGGACCAAGGAGGUAGUAUCAGAGUACCAGCGUCUCUGUGUGGUUGUGUAGGGCUGAAACCUACUCAUGGUUUGGUCCCGUACACAGGCAUCGCUAGCAAUGAUCCGAUAGACGACCACGCUGGACCGCUCGCUCGCACAGUAAUGGAAGUUGCACAAUGUCUAGACGCCAUCAGUGGCUACGAUGGUAUAGACGACCGCAGUCUCGGCGCCCCAAAACACGGCACUACCACCUUCGCCUCUGACCUCCUCAGCAACCCAGGAGCAAAAGGCAUGCGCAUCGGUAUCUUGACUGAGUCCUUCGAAAUUGCCCUUCUAGACAAAGACGUGAAAGACCUUGUGCUGUCUGCAGCCCACAAAUUCAAAGACCUCGGCGCCACAGUCGAAGAAGUCUCCGUCCCUAUGCAUCCCCUCGGUAUCGCAAUCUGGACAAUCCAACAACGCAUUUCCGGCUACCUAGCCCUCCAAGGCCAUCAAACCGGUCGUCACAGCUACGGUCUCACAGGCCUAGAAGCAGCAAAACUCCCCUGGACGCAAGAGAAAUUCGACAAAUGCUUUCCAACAACCAAAAACAUAUUCCUGAAUGGAUCUUACCUCCUCACCAACUUCCCCACCUUAUACCCAAAAACCAUGAAUCUAUGCCGUCAACUCCGUGCUUCCUAUGAGCAUGUGUUCCAAUCCUAUGAUAUCCUCAUUACACCCACUACUCCUUUCGUAGCACCCAAACAUGGGAAACUGACGACGCCGAUCGAGACUAUUUCUCCAACGGUGGGGUUGACGAGUAAUACGGUGCAAUUUGACGCUACGGGACAUCCGGCCAUGACGAUAUCGGUGGGGAGGGUGGAGGUGGAGAGGGGUGUGAGGUUGCCGGUGGGUAUGCAGAUUAUAGGGGGCAUGGGAGAGGAUGGGAAGGUUUUGAGGGCGGGCCAUGCUUGGGAGAGGGCGAUUGAUUGGAAAGAGAUGAGAUGAGAGGUUCUGCACGUGCGGAAGAGGAGUAGU